AUGUCGGGCUUCGUUUCCUCGCCCACCGCCCUGCACCCCGCCCUCAGUAAUCCGCUUCCGCCGCCUCUGCACUCCGAGGCAGUUAAAACCUCGCUCUCCGACCGACCAAAAAGCUCCAACGCCGCCCACGACCGCGAUCGCCCUUCCUCGUCCCAAUCUGCAUCUGCUUGUUUAAGCCAGUCUCUGCCUCGCAAUGCCAGAUCGUUAGCAGGUUUGUCAUUCUCAAGCGCCGAGCUCGUCCAAGGCGGCCCAGCUGCAGACCCUGCAACUUUAAAUCCGUUAUCUAUAACGACUGCGACGCCCACUACCGGCUUUCCCGAGCUGCCACCCCCUUUGUCGCGAUCUUCCAACGUUGCGCAUCUUGGCCACCCUCCCAAGGGCCACCGCCGUAACGCGCCCUCUCACGAAGUUCCUCGCCAGACUAUUAUGAAAGCCUUGGCUUCGGUUGUUCGCAGAAAUAAACCCGAGGCUCUUUCUCUUACAGGCAUGUUGUCUGCACAAGGUGGUGUCGAGAAUCGACCUGCCACCUCUUCGUCUCAGAAACUUGCCGACGCACUCACCGAGCUCGCCAACCGCAACAUGACUCCUACCACCGCACUGCCCUCUCUACAAUCUCCGUGUUUUUACCACAACAGAUUCGAUGAUGCUGUUAACAUCGACAAGGUCCUUGAGGAAAUCAAGAACGAUGACUGCAUGUCUCACUCAAGGCUCGUCCAGACUGCAACUGGUGUCCGCGAGGUCUCCAAACAGCUUCAGCGCCGCCCCAUCAAGCGUGCUGUCCGCAACGUCAUGAUCGUCACCAAGGCUCGUGAUAAUCAACUUGUCUACCUCACUAGGGAACUGGCUACUUGGCUGCUGCGCACCCCAAGGUAUGGUUCCGAUGUCGGCGUCAACGUCUUCGUAGAUGCCAAGCUUCGCAACUCUCGUCGCUUCGAUGCUCAGGGCAUUGUGGCCGAGAACCCCGUCUUCCAGAGCAUGCUACGAUACUGGACACCCGAUCUUUGUUGGAGUCAGCCUGAGAAAUUCGACUUGGUUCUCACCCUCGGUGGCGACGGCACCGUUCUAUUCACCUCUUGGUUGUUUCAGCGCAUCGUACCCCCUGUCUUAUCUUUCAGCCUGGGCAGCCUCGGAUUUCUCACCAGCUUCGAGUUUGAGAAGUACAAACAACAUCUGGACCGUAUCAUGGGAGAGGAAGGCAUGCGUGUUAAUCUGCGCAUGCGCUUCACCUGUACAGUAUACCGGGACGGUGCUAUGGGUCAGGAAGCGGAAGAGGGCGAACAAUUUGAAGUUCUCAACGAGCUUGUUAUCGACCGUGGGCCGUCUCCGUACGUGUCUAAUUUAGAGCUCUAUGGAGAUGACGAGCUUCUCACCGUGGUGCAGGCUGAUGGCUGCAUAUUUUCGACGCCCACUGGCUCUACCGCUUAUUCAUUGUCUGCUGGCGGUUCGCUGGUGCAUCCGGACAUUCCCGCCAUCCUCUUAACACCUAUUUGCCCACAUACGUUAUCCUUCCGUCCCAUGGUGCUAUCUGACACCAUGCUGCUCCGUGUGUCUGUACCGCGUAACUCUCGCGCUACCGCCUACUGCGCCUUUGACGGCAAGGGCAGAGUGGAACUCAAGCAGGGCGACUAUGUCACCAUCACGGCAUCUCAAUAUCCGUUCCCUACCGUGGUCCGCACCCAGACGGAGUGGUUUGACAGCGUUUCCCGUACCCUCCGCUGGAACACACGUGCUGCUACUCAAAAGGGUUUUGAUUCGUCAGCUAAUGGUAGCCUUUGCCCAUCUGAGGAUGGAAAAGAUGACGACCCGGAGUGGGAUAUCGACACGGACUCGGCUUGCUAUGCCAGUGAAGACGGAAGCAUUAGCGCGAGUCCUUUGCGAAGGCAGAUGAGUCUGCUGGGCAUGUGA